ACUCGACCAAACCCUUUGUUGUUCCAUGAAUUUUUAAUUGCAUGAUGUGGUUUCCAUGAUUAAUUUUGUGUUCGAUAGAAAAUCGAACCUCCAACAAACCCACAAUCACUAUCGCCAUUAUCACCUUCUUCCAUUUUUCUUAAUCUCUACUCUUCUUCAACGACAAUCGACAGCCACAUUUCAACCAAUUUCGAGUACCCAAAUUGUAUUUCUUCAUGAAAAUGUGAAGAUACUAUAAAAAUGGUGAUGCUAAAUCGAUUUACAAGAAACAAGAAACGGUUAUCCGGGAAGAUGAAGCUCAUACGAAGCAGAUAUGGGUUCAGACACUUGAAAUGGAUUCUCUGGCUUGUUGUAUCUUUCUUCUUCUUCAUUAGAUUCAUUAGCCAUCAUCAACCUAGCACGAAUUCGUUGAGGAGAACAAUAAUUUCAAACUCUCAAUCCAAUGUUAUCUCUCGUGCUAUCUCGGAAUCAAAAUCCACCGAAGUUCUCCGGCAGAAUCAAGAUUUUAUGAAGGAUUUGAAAGUUUAUGUGUACGAAUUGCCAUCGAAAUACAAUGUUGAUUGGCUAUCCAACGAGCGAUGUAGAAACCAUUUGUUUGCGUCGGAGGUCGCCAUACAUAAGGCGUUGAUGAACAGCGAUGUGCGGACAUUUGACCCCUCGGAAGCUGAUUUCUUCUUCGUCCCCGUCUACGUUUCCUGCAACUUCAGCCCCGUUAAUGGCUUCCCCUUCAUCGGACACGCACGUGCUCUUAUCUCCUCCGCGAUUGAGCUCAUUUCCUCGGAGCUUCCAUUCUGGAACCGCAGCAAUGGAUCCGACCAUGUCUUCGUAGCCUCUCACGAUUACGGAUCUUGUUUCCAUGCCAUGGAGGAUAGAGCUGUGGCUAAUGGGAUACCGGAGUUCAUGAAGAACUCGAUUAUAUUGCAGACAUUUGGUGUUAAGCAUCAGCACCCAUGUCAAGAGGCUGAACAUGUCGUCAUCCCACCGUACAUAUCGCCGGAAAAAGUUCAGUCAACGCUAUCGCAGUCGCCGAUCAACGGCCGUCGUGACAUUUUCGCGUUCUUUCGAGGGAAAAUGGAAGUCCACCCCAAGAACGUCAGCGGACGAUUUUACAGCAAGCGUGUGAGGACGGAGAUAUUGCAGAAGUACGGCAACGACCGGCGGUUUUACCUGAAAAGACAUCGGUUCGCCGGUUACCAAUCGGAGAUUGUCCGAUCAUUGUUCUGCUUGUGCCCACUUGGGUGGGCACCAUGGAGCCCUCGACUUGUGGAGGCGGUAGCGUUGGGUUGCGUGCCGGUGAUUAUAGCUGACGGGAUACGUCUGCCGUUGGAAUUCGCCGUACCAUGGUCGGAGAUUUCUCUCACGGUGGAGGAGAAAGACGUCGGGAAGUUAGCCGGGAUUCUUGAUUACGUGGCGUCAACGAACCUAUCAUCCAUUCAACAAAACCUGUGGGACCGGAAAGUCAAGCAAGCGCUUUUGUUUCAUGAUGACGUGGAACACGGAGAUGCUACGUGGCAUAUUCUUGUCGCGCUGUCUGAAAGGGUUGGAAGGUCUAGUCGGAGGGCGAGGCUUUUGAGCAAAUGAGAGUUUUACACGUGGAGAUUUUUAUAGGGAAUAUAAAAUGCCAACGUGGAAAAGAUGAUGGAAUACAGCUGUAAUGUGAUGGGACAUGUCAUCCCUGAGCCGCGUAGGUGGCCCUUUGUUUGCUAGUGGGAAUGCGGUGACGGUGUUGUCAGGUCUUUCUUGCUUGAUGACGUGUCCGGAGAUGAUUGGUGUAUGUGGGCGGGUGUACAGAUAAUAGGAUGGGAAUGUGAACAGAGGAUAAUAGGAUGUGAAUGCAAAGAGAAGAUAUGAAAUUGGUCGGAGAUUAGCAGAUGUCGCUCAUUCUAUUGUAUUUUUAAAUUUUUUUUUAUUCAGACUAAAUUACUAG